UCCCUACAUAUGUGGACAUGUAUUAUUGAUUAAUAAGAUGAAUUUGUGAUUCUUGUGUAUUGUGUUUGUCAUUUUUUUUAAAAUCAAAGGUUGGCUUUAAAUAAAAGAUCAAUUUAUUUCUCUCCUCUUAGUUACCAAAGAUAAUUUAUAAUGAAGAUAAAACAAAACAUGUUAUAGAUUGUUGAUUAAAACAGAUAUUGAUAAAACUUUAUUGAAAAGCAAAAUUACAAAUCGGUCACGUUACUUAAACGGUCCGUGGUUUGGAUAAAAACACGACGUCAUUAUUAAUUUCCUUUUAAAAAGGAAACAGCAAUUUUGGUAAAAUCACUGAUGUGUCGUUUUCAAUUUAUGCGUGUUUUUACGAACGAUCAAGUACUUUUUAGUAAGAAAAUUUCUUGGACAAAUGUUAAAGAUGGCGGCACAGAAGGGAGUUUAUGUUCUUCUUAGUAUCGGUCGUGUCUUGUUGUUUGUUGGACUAUCAAGACAAACACCAGUAAGUGUUCAAGAUUUAACCACUGGAAUACACUGUAAGACUUGGGAUGCUCUUCUCAGUAUAUGUAAAGAGUGUCAUAAUGGAUAUUUUGGAUUCAAUUGCACACUCCAAUGUCGCUACCCUAGUUUCGGAAGCGCGUGUCAAGAUAAGUGUAACUGUAAUAAAACUUUCUGCAAUCCAUUGAGAGGAUGUGAAGAUGGAUCACCUACAUUACCACCGAAAUCAACCUCAACUGUGAUUGAAAAGAUCUCCGUAACUCCGAUAAUAACUUUGAAAACGACUGCAGCUUGCUCUGUCGGUUUCUUUGGAAGUAGCUGCGAUAUACCCUGUCGAUAUCCUUCAUUUGGAUUCCAUUUCCAGUCAGAGUGUAUUUGCAGUGAGGAAAAUUGUAACCACAUAGUAGGUUGUAAUGAGACGUCUACACUCUGUAAGUCCGAGGAAGGACACAAAUCACCAGCUUUGAUGUACAUUACUGUGGUGCUAAGUGUUUGGGCGAUUCUUCAAAUCAGCAUAUAUCUAUAUUUAGUAUUGCAUUCCUCGUCGGCAAUUUAUUUUUAUAUAAGUUAUUCGUAACAAAAAACUAUGACGUUCCCUUGUUUGAAAUUAUGUAAUUCCAUUUUGUGUAUAUCAAGUUUUGCAUGGCGUGGUUAAAACACUCCUAUUAGUAGUUUGCAAUGAUUACUUAAGUCAAAAGAACUCUAGAUUAAGGUAUUCCAUAUUCUUUACAGUUGAAGUGUUCUUUGGGGAAAUAUUAAUGUUACUUAG